AUGUUUUCAACGUUACAUCAUUUAUCUCAAACAACAACACAGUUAGCGGAAGGCUACACAGAUGAUUUACUUAAUAGCAAAUAUGAUAAUGCCAGAGUCUCUAGACCCACAUCACAGCUUUCUGGAACUUCGCUGGGGUCAAAGUAUCGCUUUUCUUCUUUUUCUGUGUUAGAUAUGCUUUCACAUACAUCAAGGUUAGGUAGUAUCACUGGUGAACGACGAGCAACACAAGCUUUCAUAGGUCCACCUCCUGUUACAUUAUUCGGAAAAGCUCGAUAUUACUAUGAUAAAUGGGGAAUGAGAAAUUAUGCUCCAACAAUUAUAUUAUUACUGUAUACUAUUAUGGGUGCUUGGACAUUCUAUGUAGCUGAACAUGAUUAUGAGAAUAAGCUACGAAAAAAAGAAGAAAGUGAUUUAAACUUCUUACGCAAUGCAACUAUCAAUUCGUUGGCCAAAAUAAUAAAUGGAGGAGAAUCUAGGAAAGGGGCAGUGAAGUCUAGGGAUAUUUUGAUUCGAUAUGAAAAUGAGUGCAAUAGGAUAAAGCUGCCUGAUGGAUUAGAGUGGGAUAUGUGGGGAGCAUUGUUUUAUGCUGGAACUAUUUAUACAACAAUUGGUUAUGGUAAUAUAGCUCCACGUACUGUUGUUGGAAGAUCUCUCACUGUAGUAUAUGCUAUCAUUGGUAUUCCAUUAGUUUUAACAAUUCUAUCACAGUAUGGUCAUUUUUUGACUGAUAAAGUGACGUUAUGGUGGCAGAACCACAUAAGCGAGAAGAAAGCUAAGAAGUAUAGAGAGAAGCUAGAACAUGAAUGUGACAAGAAGAAAUCUAUGGAUACGAUGGAUAUCGAUCUAGAAUCUGGUCAACAUUCAUUGCGUAAAGAGGAUGAGGAGGAAGAAGAAGAAUCCAGAACUAUACCUGUUUGGUUAGCGUUGUUCAUUUGUAUUGCAUGGAUAUGCAGUUGCUCUGCACUCUUUCUGUUCUGGGAAGAGAAAUGGACUUUUUUUACUUCUUUGUACUUCUUUGUUAUUUCGUUAUCAACUAUAGGAUUGGGUGAUGUCGUACCAGACUGCCCUCGAAUGUUAAUUUUGAUGUUUUGGUUAGUAAUUGUUGGUUUAUCUAUCGUAUCUAUGCUCUUGUCUGUUAUACAAAUUAAGCUUGAAGAAUGGCUCUGCAAGUUGAAGAUAAGAAUGCAGAAAAAGUACAAAGAGGCGAUUCAACGAGGUCUGGCCAUGGGUGAGGGACAACUAUUGAAAGAUAUAAUGGAUAACGAAGGAAUUUUCGCGCAAUGCGUACUUUCUAACUUGAUAACUGAGAAGCAGGCGGCAGACGUUGAACACACGGCUGAGCAAUUCGAAAGACUUGUUAGAGAGCAAAACAAUAAAAAUAUUCAGACAGAACCUCCACCAAUCUGUAUGACAGGUACUCAGGUUGAAGCAACAGCAAAUAGUAUCGCUUGUGAUCCAAUCAGUAUAGCCCUGCCCCACAAUCAAGAAACUCAAUGGUCUCAUCAGCAAACACAAGAGAUUAUCCCUCUACGUGAUAUCGCUUCUGAUGAUCAAGAUUCUAUUUCUGACGCUACCAGUCUACCUUUAGACUCUGUUAGCUUACAAUGCAAGACUCCAGCUGGUAAGUUGAGUCCGCGUAAAGUCAAUUUCUGCCAAGGCUGCUCGAAAGAUCAAGCUGACUUCGAAGUCUGUCGAGAAGUUCAGACAGACAUAGCCCAAUUCCAACUUGAUGAGAUUAUAUUACGUCUAGCAGCAUUACAACAUAACAAAGCUAAUCCGAUGUUGGUUGAUAGAAGCACCUCAGCCGGAUCUCAACAAUAUUUGGAUGAAAGUGAUAUCCGAAGAGAAUUAACGGACCGUGAAAUUAUGGCCGAAGUUCUGAGCGUUAUGAGUGGUAGCAUGGAUGAACGCUUCAACGUGGAUCAAGGAAUGAACACUUCCUUCUAUUCGACCCAAAGCCGAGGAAAUGAUCCCAUUUUUUCCCAUUUGCAACAAAACCGAGGCACUGAUGCUCGCUGUUCAGCGUUGAUAUCUACAAGCAUCGAUACCGACAACGAUAUGCAAGACAAAAGCGUUGAAACAUCAAUACAUUAUAACGUUGAUAGAUCAAUUGCAACUGAUGAAGUCAAGAGAACGAACGCUCUGACUUCACCAAUACCUCUCAGUAAAAGCCAAGAUAUCGAAUUCGAUGAGCGAUCCAUUCAAACAUCUACUAGAGAAGAUUACAAGAGUGAUGGACAGGAUCGUUCUAUUCAAACUUCUCUUCUACUCGAACUCACAGAACCCAAAGCAAAACUGGUCUCAAAGACGUUUGAUAUCUAUGAAAGUGACAAAUCACAAGCUGAUCGUUCAAUUCAAACAUCCUAUAGAGAAAAUGCUGAUAGAAAUACAUCACCCAUUAAUCAAAGUACAACUGCUGCUAUCCAAACUGAAUCAAAUAGAGAAAAAGCAUUGGCGGCAAGAAGUGUCGGAAGUAGUUAUGAAACAGAUUCCAGGGAAGGCAAUGAUAGCAAUGAUGAAAAGCGGUCCGAAAUGGAUAGUAGUAGAAUGUGUCGAUCAGUUGUGACAAGCAUGACUGGAAGUUCGCAGUUAGGAGUGACGCAUAGAGCACGCUCAAGCUCAACAUCUGGAUUGGGUAACAGCAUUUAUGAUGAUGACUUAAGACAAGAAGUCAUUAUACAGACAGAUGACUCUUAUCUAAAAAUAGCACGUAGAUUGGAUGAAUACCGUAAUAACAAGACGCAGUUCCUUCCAGUUUGUGCUGCUUCACCUCUACUAAGUCGAGAGGUUGAGCCAUUCAAAACUGACCGACCAUCUGAACGUCGUGGAUUUUUCGUAGAUUCAAUGCAAAACAUGAGAAAGCGAUCGUCUAAUAGAGGAAGAAGGAAGCUCAGCAGAAUGCAUUCAAUAAAUAGAGAAGCACAAACUACUGAGGAGAUAGAAGAAGAAGGUGAACCGAUGAAUCCCAUGCGUUUGGUUACGAAACGCAAAUAG